AUGCAUGAAAAUACAAAAGUAGAAAGUUUGAAGCCGUGCAUGAGUCAGAAAUGAAGCAAACUUUCGAUUGAUUUUUUAUAGUGAAUUGUGUUGGUUAGACGGAUCGACGGUGAAGAAAGAUAGACGUUGCAUUCGAGCAUUCGGGUCACUUGAACGGACGAUCGACGUCGAAAGCGGCUGCAUGAUAAGUUGCCCGAGGGCGGCCGCGCGGAUUGAAGGCCAGCCAAAACGGUCAAAAACCUCUACCGCGCUCCAUUUGCCUUUUGAGGUCGUUUCUCCUCCAAAUUACUCGAAUUUUCAUCUUUUCAACGCCUCUGAACACUAGUUUCCAUGAGUAGAACAAAAAUAUCAAAGAAAAGGUGUUUUUUUUUCCUACGAUUCUUUGAAUCUUCGAUUUGAAGCCUCGAGUGGGUUUUUAUUUUUGAAAUUUUUCCUCAGAUUCAAAAAAAUUUACUUACUAUAUGGCAGUUUUACAUAUCUGGAGCUUACAAUUCACCAAAAUUAUUUAACACUUGUUUUUUUCGAAAAUGGAUUUACUUGACCUUUCGGCAAAACUUAUCGGAAUUUCUCAUGAUGGUUCUAUUGAUCGUUUGAAGCUUUUUAGCCAUUUCUUCAAAGCUUUCGAAAAUCCUCUCUGAACGUCGCGAGUAAAGUUUCAAACAAACUUCAUAUGUUCAAAAAAACUAUUUGAUAACUUUUUCACAAUCAUUUUUUUCAAGUGUAACAGCAUUCAAAAAAAUCCAAAAAUUUUUUUCGAAAUUUAUUUUUAAUAACGCAUUCAAAAUUUUUUUCUUAGAAAUAGUAUUUUUCGAUGUAAGUCACUCAACACAAAAUUUUUUAAGCUGCCGAAGAUCGAAAAAGACUGACCGUUAUGAUAUUGAUUGAUAUCUUAUCGGGUCCAACUGUUGGCUCAUCGCUAUCAUUCAUAGUCUUCAUGUUUGUGUAUCCCACUCAAAAUAAAAUUAUUUUUUUUCUGUCGGAACGUUUUUUUAAAUCGAAAGAGAAACUGAGUGUUUCAUUUAUUUAUCUGCAAAGUUUUUUUGUCUGUGUGUUACUCACAUUACACAAAAAUGAAAAUGGAUCAGAUGUAUUUUUCAAGUUUUCCGCUCUUUUUCUUUUUUUGCACUUCAUUUCAGAGAGAUCUUGGUGAAAACUGGUUCUUUUGGAUGUCGCAUCCGACAAAAAGCCAAUUUUCUAGAUGUUCUGAGGCUGAAACUUUCUGUUUUGAAUUUCAAACACGUGGGAUGCUUUCCAUGAAAAUGUGUUGCUGAUUUUCUGUCUUUGUUUGUUUUUUUUCAUUUUUUUUUCAAUUUUGUUUUUCGAUUGCUUUUGCAAAUUUUUUGUAACUUUUUGAAAUUAGUGGAAAAAUGAACGGAUUCGCUAAAAAAACAUGAAAAAAUCAAGUGAAAUAAUUCUGAAAAGUCUCGAAAAAAACCAUAAAUUGAGACAAAAUUUGAGAGGCUCUUUUUAUCAAAGAUUUUAAACAUAAACUUGCAGAUUUAAUUUUCAUUUUUGAUCAAAAAGUUCCAAUCCAAUAUGCAUGACAGCUUUUUCACACUAUUCAUUCUCAACAUAUUGAAAGAUCACAGUCACGAAGGUCUGUGAAUAGUUUGUAAUAAUAUUUCUUAGGCUGUUUCAAGAUCCAAGUAGAGCCACUUUACAACUGCGAUCAAGUGAAGAUUCAAAUUUCCAACCUAACUAGAAAGACCUUCAACUUCUCAAACAUCUCCCGAACGUCGGCACAAAGGAUGACCAUGGCGUCGGACAAAAGGCCGGCUGUUUUACAUCGAAAACAAAGAUGAGCGGCCUCACCAGUUUCAGAAACGGCCUUUGGUGGCAGACGUCCUCGUCUCCAAGCGGAAACGAGCCGAAAAAAAAGUGGGAAAAAGGACGCAGGCCGGACGCAACAAGGUAACCUUCUGGGUAACGGUCCCAGGAGACAUUCUGGACAGCUUCUUGUAAUGGGUUUCAGUGGUCACUCUGAGGUUUCAUUGAUUGGGGACGACAGACACUGCGGACUGGCCUUCGUCCGCUUUACGCACUCUGCGUCUCUGACCUCCAGCCGGCAUCCAUUGCGCACUCCUCUGCCUUUUCGUACUAUUACUGUUCAUUGCUUUUUUUCCUCCUUUUAUUACCUCUCCUCUGUCUGCCCGCAGGCUACCGUUUCCUUUUGGAGAUCCGUUUCUUCAGGGGUUUCCUCGGCUCUCUGGACUCUACGGCAACAAACAACGCAUGCAUAAUGCAAUCAACCAUCUUCCCACGGUGAUUGUACUGUGA